CUGACCGUAUGCUCCAAAAAUUUCCAGGGAUGAAUUUCUUCAUCUUGAUUCUUUUGUUGCAGGGAGUGCAGCGGAAAGUGCUGGAUGUCAUGAGUACACUUGGGCUCUCUAACACCGUCAUGCGACUCAUCGAGAGAAGGACAAGUCAGUCACUGUCACUGAAAAAUGCAGGGCACUUUAAAACUUCAGAGUAGGACCAGUUCCAAAUGAAGCAUAAUGCAGCAAGUGGCAGUGAGCCAACAGGAUUUACUGCUCUCUAUUGUUUUCUUCCUUCUCCAGGACAAAUGGGUUUUCUGGACAGGCCUCUGCGUUACUGUGACUGUAAUGGUUCUAGUGGUGAUGUAUUUUGCUUGAUUUUUGUUUCGCUCACACACUAGCGCAUGCGCACAGGCGCCCGGUUUACAAAAACUUCGCAUUACACAUCGAUCACUGGCAGUUACGCAACGGCGAAGCACGUAUAUAAAGCUGCAGACGAAGAAUCGCAGUGUAUAAAAUAACCAGCACUGAUCCAAGACGACGCAAGUGUGCAUACAUAGCUAAGCAUUUAGAAUUGCAACAAAAAAACUGACGGUGAUAGACGCUAUAGCCAGAAAUGAACUCGAUGCAGCGAACAAGUAUAGGCUACAACAACGGCAUGUCGCCGACCAUCGCAGGGAGCAGCAGCCCGGCGACCGGGAGAGGCGUUUCUACCUUGUCAUUGCGGACCCUGCUUCCGUGGUCAUUGGUGGUUCUGGUGUGGCUGUUUGUGGGUGUGUGUGGCAUCAGCAGUACCACGACGACCACCACCACCACCACCACCACCGAGAACUGUCUCCAGCUCUUUGACACCUACAGUCAGGGAGUCUACGUGUGCCAGCAUCACAGCGACCUGAUUGUGGCCCUGCAGAUUGCAGAGGAGUUGGGUCGCGAGGAGUGCCAGAGAGCCUUCGAGAGGGAGAUGUGGAACUGCUCCAGUUUCUCCAUCCUCAGAGCCCCCAACGUCACCUCACUGGCCACGAAAGAGGCGGCCUAUGUGCACGCCCUGUCACUGGCGGCCAUUGCCCACUCUGUGGCCAAAGUGUGUGCAGUGGGAGACGUCACCUCAUGCUCGUGUGACACGGAGCGACUGGAGCUCCCGGCUACUGACAGCGAGAGACGCUAUGCCAUGGGCUGCUCUGACAACGUCGGGUUUGGACUCACCUUUGCCACCAACUUCCUGCACAAGAGACACUUGGGGGUCGGGCCACUGCAGGAAAUUGAAAGGGAGAACAUGCGCAUCGGUGCCCGGGUGGUGCAAGAUGAAGACGAACCGCCGUACGUCUGUCACUGCAUUGGUGUGUCAGGAUCGUGUACAGUUCUCACAUGUCAGUACGAACUCCCAGAAUUCAGUCAGUUGGCUCACCGCAUUCAAGAUUACUACUUCACCAAUCGCACCUGCAAAGUGAGGUGGAACAACAUUGUCGGGGAGGGAAGCGCGUUUGUUCGUCCGCCCGGAUGUGGAGAUAACAAGCUCAUCUACAUGGUGGACUCUCCGAACUACUGUGUCCGGGACGUGGUGGUGGGGUCGCUGGGGACGGCCGGACGAAAGUGUGACCCACACACCACGGGACCCAAUUCCUGCGAAAAUCUCUGCACCCGAUGUGGGCUGGGCCACGUCAGCAUAGAAGAAAGCACAGAGAGUAACUGUUGGUGCGAAUUUGUGUUCUGUUGUGAGAUUCGCUGCAGCAAGUGCCCCGAGAGAAGACGGUAUCACGUAUGCACGUGAUGCAAGGACCUUUCUUCGUUUCAUUACAUGUGUCUCCGUCCGUUUCGUAAAAUUAUAUAUACACGCCGAAAAACCAGGUCUCAGUGUUUAACACUGACAAAAAAUCACUGUGUCACUUAUUACAAUAGAGCCGGACAAACAGACUGGACUGGUAUGAAUAUCCACACGAUAUACUAUGAUUACAUCACUGACUGCCAUAUUUAUGCUCAACAAUCAUUGUGUACCCUAGCCUCUCUCCUUUUUUAUAUAGCUGCCAAUUAUUUUGUUUAUGUCAGUCACAUUGUUUUUUGGUAGAUAAUAUUUAUUCUCAUCAGUCUAUCCAAUCAUACACAAAAAAUCAACAUCAUCAUCAGCAU